UGAGUACAGCUUUUACUUGAGUUUCUCCACGGAGAAGGAGCCCGGGACAAACAUCCUGCGGCAGGCCAUCGAUAGACUCCGUGAGACGCAUGGGCAGCAAUACGAGGCAGUCGAGGCUGACGGUCCUCGCCUGCGAGAGUUCCGCGACCAGCGGCUCCAUGACAUGAGGAAGUUCAUCGCCCGCAUCCUGCUGGCGUUUGCUUUGGGCCUCCGCGAGUAUCUCAGGCAGCACAGAGACAAAGCCAGCCCCAAGGGCUUCCUCCUAUUCCAGCUCAUCGGCAUCAGUGCACAGGAGGACUGGCUGCUGACGACUUGGGGUUGCCUGCUGAGCGUGUCGCGGGAGGCGGUGGAGCAGAAGCUGCAAGCGACGGUAGAGGAGCUGCGAAGGCUGACCAAUCAGGACUUCUUCAACACCUUCCUGGAUGAGGCGCAAGCCGGGAUGCGGAUGAUGGACGGGUACUUUCCGAGCCGUGACGGGAUGGAGGGGCGGCCGUUGCUGAACGGCUUGGUUCGGAGCCUGCAUCAUAACAUCUUCACGCACUUUCACUUCAACCUGCCGGGCACGGGACUCAGCCUCCGCCUGGCGCAGCAGCUCGAUUCUGCCGUCGGUGAGAUGGGUGCCGCUCAGCUAACGUCCUUCACCGACUUCCCCCCCUUCACCACGGACGAAGCGCUCAAGUACGCCCGGGGGUUUCUGCAGAGCCCCCCAGAACGCGCCCAGGUGCACAUCCUCGUGGGGCGUCCGCGAUUCGCCGCGCAGCUCGUGCAGACGGUGCUCCUGGGUAAGUCCUGGGAGGAAGCGCUGCAGGCU